AUCCACUCCGUGACCCGCCGGUUCCGCGAGGGACUCCAUCCGGAUGUGGUCAAGUACUUUUCGGCGCCCAACUACGGCACGGACGCCAACCGCACUUUUGCCUUCGCCCAGCUGGUGGUGUUCUCGGACGCCGAGGUGCCCCUGCUGCCCAUGACCCUCGCCGCCCAAUGCAACGCCAGCCAAGGCCUGCUGCCGUGCCUGACGUCUGGCUGUUACCGCGAGGCCGACCGCUGCGACGGCCGGCGCGCCUGCGUCGACGGCUCCGGACGAGCACGACUGCCCGGGCCGUCGAGGACCGGGACGCGGCGCGGUCCGGCUCGAGCGCAAGAACCGGCUGCGCACGCUCUACAACCAGCGCCAAGGCGACUGGAUCUGGCGCGAUGUCAAUAUCGGCUACAAGGCGACCGAAGAGGUGAUUCUGAAGGUGCCCAAACAGAACGCCCUCUACUACGUGACCGGCUUCAGUGUCAACCAGCAGAACGGCUUCGCCAUCAUCGAGCGCCCGGUCGUGUACAACACGACGACGCCGUUCUACAUGCGGAUGGAGAUGCCGGACCGGUGCCGGCGCGGCGAGCAGGUGGGCGUGCGCGCCGUGCUCACCAACAACGUGGCCCAGGAGAUGCUGGCGCUGCUGGUGCUGCCCGCCAGCGACCAGUACCAGUUCGUGCACGUCGAGCCUGACGGCUUCGUGCAGCACUUCCGACCGCGCCUGUCUGGCGGCGCGCACCAGCACCUCGUGCCGCUGCCGCCCUUCACCAGCGUGGAGGUGGACGUGCCGAUCGCGCCGCGCAUCCAGCAGGGCGAGCUGACCGUCACACUGACGGCCAUGACUCAGGUCGGCCGCGAGGACGUCACCCGCACCAUGCGGAUCGAGCCGGAGGGUGUCACAAUCAAUAGGCACACGUCGUUCCUGCUCGACCUGAAGAACCGGGCGGUGGAGUUCAAGUACCUGGACGUGAUCGUGGAGCAGUCGCCGGUCGUACCGUACGCCUCGUGGCGCCGCUUCGUAUUUGACUCGCCCGAAGGUCACGUCACCGUCUCAGGCGAUGUGGUCGGUCCGGUGUUCCCCACCGGCGGCCCGGUCAACACGGAGCUGCUGCUGAACCGGCGGCUCCGCAGCACAGAGGCGUCCGCCUUCGACUUCGGCGCCAACGUCUGGUCGUUGCACUAUCUCCGCCUCACCAAUCAGUUUAAGCUGAGCUUCGCGCGGAGCAUCUUCGACCAGAUGAACGUGGACAUGGCUGCCAUUAUGUACCGGUUCGGCAGCGACGGAGCCUACCGCAUGUGGGACAGCUCGCCGCCGUCUGUGUGGCUGACGGCCUGGGUCACCCGCAUCUUCCAAGAGGCCAAGUUCCAGGACUGGGAGAACUUCCUGUACAUUGAGCCGGAAAUCAUCUCCAAGGCGAUGGGCUGGCUGGUCCAGCACCAGGACGUGCGGACCGGUGCCUUCCAUGAGACGAGCAACUACAGCAUCCCUCUCGACCCCAAGAUGAACCCCAAGUCGUCCCGGCUGGCUGACCCGGUGCCGCUGCGCAACAUCUCGCUGACGGCGCAGGCGCUCAUCACGCUCUCGGCCACCAUCGACGCGCUACAGGGCGACCUGCGCGCGCGCGCCAACGACGCCAAGAUCGGCGCCAUCAGGUACCUGGAGCAGCAGCUGCCCUCCCUGUCGCGGCCCUACGAGGUGGCCGUCGUGGCGUACGCCCUCAGCCUGGCCAACAGCGGCGAGCGGGAUGUAGCCUACAACCUGUUGGAUCGCAUGAAACGGAAAGUCGAUGGCAUGAUCUACUGGUCACCGGCUCCGAUCGAGACCAACCGGCUGACCAACGAGAACAGCCAGCGCAACCUGCUGCAGCCCAAGCUGGAGCAGCUCUACGACACCCGGGCGGUGGAGACGACGGCGUACGCGCUGCUGGUCUACCUGAUCCGCGACGGCAUCAACAUCGACCAGGAGAAGAUGGUGCUGUGGCUCAACACCAUGCGGCUUCACGACGGCGGUUUCAUCACCACCACGGACACGCUGGUGGCGCUGCGCGCGCUGGUGGAGUACUCGUACCGGGCUCGUCUGCGGGACAUCACCGACAUGCGGGUCAGCAUCGAGGCCACCGCUUCCGAGCUCGACUCCACCAUCGGCAUCAACAACGCCACGCUCGCGCGCACGCGCAUCCUGCCGUUUGAGAACGUCUGGGGCCAUCUGAACGUGAUCGGCAACGGCGCCGGUCAAGCGGUCGUCCAGCUGGACGUCAACUACGGCGUCGACACGCAGAACGGCAUCAAGCGGCCGCCGGCCAAGUCGUUCGAGCUCAGCGUGCGUGAGGACUUCCAGCGCUUCCGCAACAGUCCAUCGGCAUCGUCGACGUCUGCGCCAAGUGGAGGUGUGAAGGUAUCUGCGGUGGAGGGUGUGAAGGUGUUCUGCGAUGGAGAUAUGAAGGUGGUGUUUACGGUGGAGGGUGGUGAAGGUGUUUGCGAAGAGAUGUGA